UGUCAUCGCGGAACUCUUCUCCGCUGGGAAGCUCCGUCGCUGUCCUAGGAAGCUGUGUCGUCUUCGUGGGAAGCUCCCUCGCCGUCGUGUGGAUGCUCUGUGGCCGUCGUCGUCUCCUCUGUUCGAGCGCUCUCUCUCUCUCUGUUCGCAACCUUGCUUCUGUUUGGAUUUUCAAGAAUAGGAAGCUCCAUUGCAGCUUUGCAUCUCCGUCUUGCACCUCUGUCUCGCCUCCUCUGCUCUCUCCCUGCUAUCCCCUCCUGCCUGCAGAUAUGGCAACUCGCAAAAUCCAUGUGCAGAAGUUUGCAGAAUCUAGAGCCUAUGAGCUUGAGAGUCUUCAAUCUGUUAUAGCGGACAGAAUAAAGGGUGAUUAUAGGAGUCAAAGAAACAAGAGAAGACGAACUAGUUCUUAUAAUAGCAAAGCUGGGACAAGAAGAAAAAGGCAAAAGCUGGGAACAGUACAUAAUAAAACUGGUGGUGUUGAAUUACGUUUAGGUAAAGAUGAGAUAAAGAAGCUUCCAAGUCGGCGCAUGCGCCGGAGAUAUGAACUUAAGAUGAACUUGGAUAGUGGGUUUUGUACUUCUGGCGAUGGAACCAAGAGGCUGAGAACUCAUGUUUGGCACACUAAGCGGUUCACCAUGACAAAACUCUGGGGUUACUACCUUCCUCUAGCACUUCAAGGAAGAGGAAAAGGUUCAAGGGCACUCUUGAAAAGGCUCAAACAAGGGGUGGUUGUGCAUGAUGCAAGCUAUUACACUGCUGUCCAAGUGGAAGGUCCAGAGGCUUCUCUAUUAAGAAUGGUACUAGUGCCCUUCCCGGAAACAUCUUCUCAAGAUUCUGAUGAAUCAGUAUCGGGUACCACUUGUGGAAUGGCAAUGCUUUAUCAAGUCGAAGCACCAGUUUCUCAGCCAAUUGGCCCUGUGACCUAUAUGUGGCGGCCAACAUUCCAACAAAAUAUUAGUGGAGAGGAUGAUAUCAAUGAUGAAUUAAUGAAACAUGAUGUUGAUUCAGAUGAAAGCCCAAAUAGAAUGAAAUUCGGUGCUUCAUUUAGACAGCUUUGGGUGUGGAUACAUGCUUCUGCCUUUGAAGAAGGAUAUGAUAGUCUAAAAUUUGCAUGUCAGAAAGAGAUGGAAAAGACAGGCAUCUCAAUUAAUUGCUUUUCACUUGAGGGUGAACUUGCAAAGUUGGAGGUAAUCGGAUCAGGAGCGAUUCAAAUUCUUCAAAAGAUGUUGCAUCCAGUUACAAGUAUUUCAGAUAAUCAUUGUCUAUGGGAACAUGUGCCUAAACAAGACAGCGUUUCUCAGAAGACAAGUUCAUCCAUAUCAGACAAUGAGGAUAAGUUUUCUUCUGUUGCAAUUUUAUCACUUAAUGUUAAGGAUCCUCGACAAUUGUGCGGGAAAGGAACCGUUUCAUCAGUGGAGCCAAGUUCUGCUGAGGCAGUUAACGGCGCACAAGAAACUAUUCAUGAAGAGUUGGAGAAGACUAGUGACUUGGCUUCAUCCACAUGGUCCAAAUUAGAAAACAACCAGUAUCAUAAUAACGAUCUCUGGUAUGCUAAAUCUAGACGAUUGAGGACCCCAUUGUCAGAGAGUAUGAUUUGUAGUGAGAAACACCACAAACGUUUGACACAUUACUGCCUGGAUGAUGUAGAUUCCAGGGAGGCAAACUCUUUGACAGAGGAGCAAUGCUCAAGAUCUUGCCCUAUUUUGCUUGUAAAACAUCACAGGAAGGAAUUGUUUAGAGGAUGUUCUAUCAUACUUCCCUUAAGUUGGGUUAAGGCCUUCUGGAUUCCUCUCAUCUCUAAUGGGGCGCAUGCAAUCGGUUUGCAAGAGAUGCACUGUAUUGCACAUGAAAUGGGAUUGCCAGCUUUCCCUUCAGAUUUCCCAGAUUGUAAGGCAUACUCAUGCUUCAUGUCAGCUAAAGCUGCUGCAUUUGAUAAAAAAGCCGAGUUACGUCCUCCAUCCAAAAGGCCUAUGAGAGUUCCCAUCUUGCCCCCAUGGGGUAUUAUUCGUAGUACACUCAACAGAAAAAUUAAUGCAGUGGAAACUACUGGUGUUUCAACACUGGAAGAUUUAACUGAUCUGAAUUCAUUGCCAAAAAAGAUCGACUCUGAGAAUAGCUUGUUUGAUGGAAUUGUGGCAAGGACAGGUUCUGUGCUGACUAAUUUCCUUAAUGAAACCAAAGGUGGCCAACUGUCAUUGUUUCCGUAUGCUGCAGAUGGAGAUGAGAAAAUCACCAAGUUUAUAAAGGGUGAAGUAAACCUUAAUCGGAGCUGCCAAAAUUCUGUUAUUUCUGACCAUAGGUUAUGUUUCCUAAGAGUUCAUCUUCGCCCUUUCAAGAAAGGUUUUUUCGAAGAGGGAGCAGUUAUUUGUGCACCACACCCAUCUGAUACAUAUUUAUUGACUUCAUGCAUUGAGAAAAAUGAAGGAUUUCAACUGCCACAAUCUGCUCUAGAAUCAUACUUUAAAGAGGAUCAUUCCUCCAAAAGAUGGGAAAUGCAUGUACCAGAUGAUUCAAAUGCCAAAGAGUAUCAUCGGUGGCCUAUCGGCUUUGUCACAUCCGCUGCCAUACAAGGAAGCAAGAGGCUAGUAGCAGGGGGAUUUUGUGAGGCAGUUUUACUUGCAAAUUUAAGAGAGGAGCAGUGGAAGGAGAUGCCGGUGAAGCGGAGGAAGAAGGAUAUUUACGUGCUCGUCAGGAAUUUAAGAUCUGUGGCAUAUCGACUUGCUCUUGCCUCUGUUGUCCUGGAGUAUAAGGAGAAUGACACUCACUUCAUGUAAACUGUUUUCACUUUAUCAAACUAUGCAAAUUUUCAAACUUCAGUUUUUUAACUUAAUUUAACUUCAAAUUCUAAUUUCAUCUUA